GCGCACCCUUGGCGCGCUCCCGCGCAGGCCGCGAGACAGGGACCGCAGGUGGCGAGGCCCGGGUGCGGGCGUGUGGUCCGAGGCUGUGCGAGGCUGCGCAUAGCGCGCGGCGCGCCUUGGUCCCCCCGUCUACACUCAGUGCGCUGCUCCACGGCAAACUCCGCGCGCGCUGCGUGCUCGGGGCAGCGCCAGCCCGGGUGGCCGCGUGCAGGGCGCAGGCCGAGCCCGGCAGGGAGGAUGGAGCUGGCUACGCGCUCCCAGAUCCCCAAAGAAGUAGCUGACAUCUUCAAUGCUCCCAGUGACGACGAAGAAUUUGUGGGUUUCCGGGAUGAUGUUCCCAUGGAAACCCUGUCAGAGAGCUUCGAGAGUUUGGACUCACUGGAGUUGGAGAAACAGGAUGUGUGUUUCCGUUCCAAAUACCUUACUGAAGAGCUAAGAAGGAUUUUCAUAGAGGACACAGAUUCAGAAGCUGGAGAUUUUGAAGGAUUUACAGAGAGCGAGGUGAACAUAAACAGUGACCCAGAGCUCCUGGAGUCAGAGCUGAGUGACAGUGGCAAAGCGUCUGUGGCGAGUGAGGAGGAAGGGGAAGCCGAUGACGAAGAGGAGGCCGUACCCAGAAGAGGCACGAGAAGCAGUUUUGGUCUUCGAGUAGCCUUUCAAUUCCCCGCCAAAAAACUGGCAAAAACGCCGGGUAAAAGUAGCUCACACUUAGCGGACAGCAAGAGUGAUCUUGGGAGAGAGAGAAGCUGCAGACAGGCCACGGAACGGGAAGACAGCACCUCUGAGUCCGAGGAUGACUCCAAGGCUGAGAGCCAGGAGACUUCGGAUGCUCUGCUGAAAAGGGCCAGGAAUAUCAAAGAGAACAAGGCCAUGCUCGCUCAGUUGUUGGCGGAAUUGAACUCGGUGCCAGAUUUCUUCCCCGUGCGAACCCCGACCUCAGCUUCUAGGAGAACGUCACGCCGAGCCUUCUCAGAGGGACAGAUCAUACGGCGCAUGAACCCAACCCGGAGCGCACGGCCCCCGGAGAAGUUUGCCCUGGAAAACUUUACCUUCUCGGCUGCCAAGCUCACCGAAGAGCUUUACAGUUUCAGAAGAAGGAAGACAAUUAGUGGGGGGAAAUGCCAGAAGUACAGACGACGUCACCGAGUAUCAUCUUGCCGCUCAGUGAAAGACAUCACUGAAGACGACUUGGAAAAUGUUGCCAUAACUGUUCGCGAUAAAGUCUACGAUAAAGUGCUGGGUAACACCUGCCACCAGUGCCGGCAGAAGACCAUUGAUACCAAGACAGUGUGCCGGAACCAGGGCUGUGGUGGUGUGCGGGGACAGUUCUGUGGGCCGUGCCUGCGGAACCGCUACGGAGAGGAUGUGAGGACAGCAUUGCUGGAUCCGGAGUGGACAUGUCCUCCCUGCCGUGGGAUUUGCAAUUGCAGUUAUUGCCGGAAGCGAGAUGGCCGCUGUGCCACUGGAAUUCUCAUUCACUUGGCCAAGUUUUACGGUUAUGAUAAUGUCAAGGAGUACCUGGAGAGCUUACAAAAGCAGCUGUAGAAGCCCACUGCCAGGAAAAGGAACGCUCGAAUGUACCAGAGUCCUGCUACAGAGAUGUCUGCCAUUUGUGCCUAGCCUUAGAACUGAACUUCACAGAAGCUUGUUUCCUGGAAUUUAUUGUUUUUUUAAGUUUAUAUCCUUAAAAAUAUUUCUCAGGAAAACUAGUAAAGCAGAGAAGUCUGUACGCAGACCUGUAAUAUACAAAUAUCUGCUGAAGACGUAAAAGCACAAUUUAAAUGGGGCAGAGUUAAAAGCUCAGGUAAGUUACACAGCGGACGCUCAGGCUCCCCCCCCACAGUCCCUGCAGCCACUUCUCUGCCUCCUGAGUAACCAGAGCUCAAACCUGAUGGUUUAUUUGGCUCUAGAUACUGAGUUCUGGGUCAUUAGAAAUCUAUAUUGAAGAAUGUUCCUCUAAACGAUCAAGUGCAAUUAACCACACACUGAGUACAGUGUCCUUUUAUUGUUUAAAAAAAACAAAAAAAAACAAAAAAAAAAAAAACAAAAACGGACCAAGUUAUGGACACUGGAGGCCUCGGCAUGCUUGCCUCUACCUUCAGGGUCUGCCUGGAGCCUGCUGCUUCUAUGUUUUUUUAAUAGAACCCUUACUACAUUGUUUUUGAGACUUAGGGGAGAUAAGCCAUGGUGGAGGAAGUUAAAAAGCAACAAGUAUAUCCCAGGUAGAUGUUUUUAGUGUUGUGUUUUGUUGUUUUUGUUUAAUAUACUGCUAUUCCCCCUUCACCCCCGUUACUAAGACAUGCUCACUGUCCUGGCUGAAGAAUUUAAGUUGCAGUACCCAGGCCGUUUAUGCCUCUAGCAGUAGAGCCACGCCUGCCAGCACCCACUUAGCUAUCUUUUCUUUGCUCUUCAGCCGGAAAGUCCACACGUAGGUGAGGCCUCUAGCUUUGGUUUUGUAAACGGGGCACUCAUAGGUGUGCUUGGUUUCCUGUCUGUCCACGGUUACGGCUUUGGCAAAGAUGACAGGCAUCGUGGAUGUUAACUCCUUAAGGCGGGCGUCAACAAGGGCUCCUGACUGGAUGUCCCACCUGGCACCUGGGGCAGAGACAACAGUUGUGUAACUAGGGCGUGUAGGUACCAGUGCUCUUAAUUGUUUGAUGCAAUAAAUGUUCCUGCUUUUUA